UUUCCCUUCGUAAAGUUUUCGUCACGUCGAUUUCCGUAAUUUGGGGGUGAAUUGGUGGGUCUGCAAGCCCCUAAAUAAGUCAAAAUGGACCCCGAAAUGGAAAUAAACAUCAUAGGUGACGACAAGUCAGAACAGAAAAGGGCCCAAAGUGCAGCCAUGGUCCGCAGUACGAAGAAGCCGCCAGAGCACUCGGCGCAGUACCUACAGGAAAAAAAAGCGUGUAUGAAAUACUUCGAGACGUGGACGGAAACGGACCAGGUCGACUUCGUCGAGCACAUGCUGUCGAUGAUGUGCCAUCAUCAACACGGCCAGAUCAACACGUUCCUGAAGCCAAUGUUACAGCGAGAUUUCAUUUCAGCAUUGCCAGCAAAAGGUUUAGACCACGUCGCCGAGAAGAUCCUGUCGUAUUUAGACGCUGAGUCGCUCCGCGCGGCCGAGCUGGUUUGUAAAGAGUGGUACCGUGUGAUCUCCGAUGGCACGCUAUGGAAGAAACUAAUUGAACAUAUGGUCUCAACCGAUACGCUAUGGAAAGGUUUGGCUGAGAGACGGCAGUGGAUUGGUUAUUUAUUCCGACCAAAGCCUGGUGAGCCACCCAAAGAUCACAAGUUCUAUAGGAGAUUAUACCCCCAAAUCAUAGGUGAUAUUCAGAAAAUUGAAUUAAACUGGCGAACGGGCCGACACACGCUCCAAAGAAUUCACUGCCGCAGCGAAACAAGUAAGGGCGUCUACUGCCUACAAUACGAUGACGAGAAGAUAGUGAGCGGACUGAGGGAUAACACUAUAAAGGUAUGGCCCAUGAAGCUAUGGGAUAGGAAUUCACUGGAAUGUGUACAAGUUUUAACCGGCCACACAGGCUCCGUUCUUUGUCUUCAGUAUGAUCAAAAUAUCAUUGUAUCUGGUUCCAGUGAUUCUACCGUUAGGGUGUGGGACGUAAAAACUGGUGAAAUGAUGAACACAUUGAUUCAUCACUGCGAGGCCGUGCUUCACCUACGAUUUUGUGAUGGUAUCAUGGUUACGUGUUCCAAGGACCGGUCGAUAGCCGUGUGGGACAUGCAGGCCCCGCGGGAGAUCAACCUACGGCGAGUUCUCGUCGGUCACCGCGCCGCAGUCAACGUCGUGGACUUCGACGAAAAAUACAUCGUAUCAGCAUCUGGUGAUAGAACAAUCAAGGUUUGGAGCACGUCUACUUGUGAAUUCGUACGGACUCUAAACGGCCACAAACGUGGCAUAGCGUGUCUACAGUAUCGUGACAAAUUAGUUGUCAGUGGUAGCUCGGACAACACAAUAAGACUUUGGGACAUUGAAUGCGGUGCUUGUUUGCGAGUUCUUGAGGGACAUGAGGAGCUUGUCCGGUGUAUAAGAUUCGAUAAUAAGCGGAUAGUCAGCGGUGCAUAUGAUGGAAAAAUCAAAGUGUGGGACCUGGCUGCAGCUCUAGAUCCAAGAGCACCCUCGGGCUCACUUUGUUUGAGAACAUUAGUGCAAGAACAUUCUGGUCGAGUAUUCCGACUUCAAUUCGACGAAUUCCAGAUAGUUAGCAGUUCACAUGACGAUACGAUCUUGAUAUGGGACUUUUUAAACGUUCAAACGCCCGAAGUGGAUCCUCAUUCGCCGACGCGCACGUAUUCAUACAUCUCACAACAGAGGUAAAACUUGGCGGGUGACGAUAGCGAGGAUAAUGCUUUCAACGAUUUAGUCGUCGAGUCUUCGGCGACGUUAAAGAAUUUAGAAGUUGUUUUCUCUUGGAUGGUGGAGCUGCGGAUCGUGUAGCUUCAAGUUUGUUCUUGAGGCGUUCCAGAUUCAGUCAGUGUGACGCUUUCGGGCCUCGUCUUGCGUAUAUGACUCUGCCGUGGUACCCGUCAAUGAUGAGCUUCGAAGAGAGGUCCAGUUUUGGUUCUUGUAAAAAUGUGUGAUGACAUUGAAAGAGUGUUUAGGCAUGUUAUCGAAAGUCUCCUUUGAGUUAGCCUGGCCAGUGUGAAAUUCACAGUCAAGCUUUGCUUCCAGGCUUUGAAAGAAAACAGCUUUUGUCACAAGAAUGCAGCUUAGAAACUUUGACAUAAAAGGUUAAGAAAGUUCCAAUUUUGUCGGGAAUUUUCCCAUGAGAAUAAUACCGAGAGGACAACUUGUUUUGAAUUGAUGUGAUGUGAAUUGGCUUUAUUGAUCCUGACAUUGAGAAGACUGGGAUUGGAUCUUGUAUUAAAGCUGUCUAGUUUGAUCAAGACCAUUGGUAUACUGUAAACUGCCAAAUUUUCGUGGGUGUUUUAUUUUUGUGGAUUUCACUAAAGGCGCAAUUUGCGAAAAUAAAAUCGAGGUUUUGGAUAGGUAGGAUGUAAAAGAAGUUAGUAAUCCGCUAUAAAAAUUCAGAAAAUAUUUUUUUCCCAGAAUUUUGGCGAGUCGCAAAAAAAGAGGUGGACAUUUUUGGUGUUUACAGUAUUUUGUGGUGCGUGCUUAUGGUAAAAAAAGACUCAGCAGUCUUGUACAAUUCUGGGUUCAAGGUUUGAUGUAUGACAAAAAAAUUCUAACUGCAUCAUAUUUCUGCUGUUGUCUUCACUGGGAUACACAGCUUUUGAUAAAUUGAAAGCACAAUUGUGUCACGUUUGACUGCCAUCAGUUAUUGUAUAUGCUGUUUACAAGUUGCUAUUGCUGGCUCAUAUGAAUUAAGAAUGAAAGAAGUGCAAAAAAUCAGGUUGGUUGGGAAUUGAACAACAGGCCCGGUUGUUCAAAAUAAUUUUUGUCCCCAACGUCAAGUUCAGUUAACACCAGCAUUAGUGACAAAAUUUGCUUCGAACAACCAGGCCGAUGGCAACUUGAUUUUCUCAUUUCUGUCCUUCGUUCUUACCAUGAAGUAUCAUGUGCUAUUGGCGUUCUUGCAUUGAUAGAAAAUUAUACCGGUUUUAGAAUUCCCCAAUGGUGUCGGAAUUUUUCCAGAUGCGCCUCAGCCCAGCUUUCAAGAUGUUUGAGCAGCUGAGUGCCCAGUCUAUAAUGAGGUAUUGGAAAUUCUGGAUUGGACAAUUUGCAAAAUGUACCUGCGAGUCGAUUACACUAAGUGCAGUUGACAUAAUAUGAAGAUUGAACAUCUGAUGUGCGACAUUUCUGCUGUCUGUUUAUGCUUUAUAGUCAUAUCACUUGUACAUUAUAAUUUGCAGAUAUCAUACAUUUCAUUCCGGGCCAUCCUGUAGAAAUUGUUUGUUUGAUGGACCAUGUCCAAAGACUUUAGGGUAGAUUGGCAGGGAGAAAAUUAUUUUCAUUAACAACUAAACAAAACUUUCCCUGAAACCCCAAAGAUCCCUGAAAGUAAAGAAAGAAUUAGAAGAAAUUAAAUAUUUCUGGUGUUUUCUUCUUUCCCCGACUCAAAAAGUUUAGAGUAGGACGUGUGUUCUAUGACUAUGGGUGGGUAGGGUUGCAUCAAACAAACUAUUUCUUAAGUGUGGCCUUAUUGUGCUUCUGACAGUCUGAACGAAUUUGAUGAACGGGUCAAAUUUUUCUUUCUGGAAAAUACCAGUUUUGUGCCUAUGCCAAAAAUCAUCUCGCACGGAAUAAAAACUUUUUCCCAGCUCAAAGUCUAUGAUGCUGUCGACAAAUUUAGGGAGUGCUAUUAUGCAAUUAGAAAAUAAUCGGAUAUUUAGAAUUUCAGAAAGAAAACAUCUGUACAAAAAGUGAUGUAUUAUAAUCAUCGCAGUGCUGGUUGGUUAAACCCUUCACGGUCAACUCCAUUUGUUAAAAAAUUUAAAAAUCAAACUCAAAUUUGAAAGUUUCUGAUUGUGUAAAUUCGCACUGAAUAUGAAUUUCAACAAUGUUGUUGUUUAAAAAUCAUUUUCACUGCAUAUUUACACAAUUGGAAAUUUUCAAAUUUGAAUUCAAUUUUCAAACUGUUGAAUAACAGAGUAGGCAUUUAAAAGGGUGUCAGAUCAUACAUUCUUACCUCUUGGUGGCCUAAAGGGAUAAAUGACAAAUGUGCUAUUAACAAGUUAUUGUGUGUUUGUGCGACAUUUCAUCAUAUCACGUCGGCCAGAAAUGAUAUUGGAACACCCUGUACAAUCACAUUCUGCAUUUCAUUCGACAUCUUCAUUUUGCUAACUAUACUUUCUACUUUGUUUUUUGCAGCGGUGAUUUUUAGUUGUGCCUUGAUUUUGUUGUGUUGCGAACUGUUCUCUAGUUGUCUGCAUCUCAGGGAAGAUGCUGAUACACAUUUAGAUACUGUAGAACCUCUCUACUAAGGACACCUGCGGGACUGACAAGUAUUGUCCUUAUUUAAGAGGUGUCCUGAUUAGAGAGGUCAAAUCGAAUGGAAACAACCAAUUUGGGACCACAACUAGUGUCCUUAAUAGAGAGGUUGUCCUUAUUAGAGAGGUGUGCGCUGUGGGAGGCUUCACUGUAUACAUGUACAUGUAGGCUGUCCCGAUGAGACAUUUCCGAUUUUUGUUCGCUUUCCCUUUCUAGAAAGGGUUAAAAUUUGACAGCAGAAUUGAAAAGAUCUUUGUCACAGCUCUCCGUAAACUCUCUAGAAAUCGGGCAAAAAAUAAUAAAAGUAAUAAAUGAAGUUGCGCUGUUGUUGGGAAGGGAGGAGGGGAGGGGGGGUUAAAAUGUGCUUGAGAAGUUAAUGGAACAUUAGGUAUCAGUAGGCCUACGUUUGAUAGUUCGCUAUGACUCUAAAGAAUAAGUUUAGUUUUUGGAACGUACAUUGGUCGGCUUUUUUCAUGUUAGGCAGUAUAGUGAGUGAUCAGAUGCUUGGAAUCUAUCCAAAAAAAUGUUGUCAGUAAUGUUUCUGAAACUUUGUAGAUUAUAUAAAUAAUUUGAGGCCAAUCAAAAAUGGUAUCUGUAAUUAAAUAUUCAUGGAGUGAAAGAAUGCUGUAAACGAAUUUUGUGGGGGCGUUAAAGUUUUGCGAAUUUCACGCACAAAUUCGUUCAAAAAUAUUUUUGAUCGGAAAAACGGAUACAAAUUUUUGCUUUUGGGUUUUUUCCAAUGGUAUUUUCCGAAGGAAUUGUGAUUUGAGGCAGUAGGGAUCCAAUAUAAACCUGGCCUAAGGGGUUGUGUCUAUCUGGGUGAUGUUAAAGGAAAGCAGGAUAUGAUAAUGAGCCUCCGGCAGUGUUUGCAGUUUGUGUAAUGUUUGUGUACAUUUUCAGAUGAAACCAGGUUGACCCUCUAUGUGCUCAUUCUGUUUCAUAAUGCAGGCCAAGAAGUAAUUCGAUCUACUCCUUAAACUAAUUUGAUUCGUUGACUCCGGAAGAAUUCUGCAUUUAUGUGGUUUUGUUGAUUGCAGAUUUUAUUUGCGUAUGGUAAUGACUGAUGUGAACAUUUCACUUGCUUUGAAGACUCAAGCCCCCUACACAAUGAGGCUGAGUAUAGUCAGCAAGACAUUCACUGCUUUAGCACCACUGGUAGAGGUUCUCAUAGUGUAGUUUAUUCAGUAAUAUAGAGCAGUGGAGUUUAAAGUGGCACAAUUAUAGCCUCUUUGUACUAACGUGUACUGCCAGCUGUUUUCUUCACUGUUGGGUAUACAAUUGUACUCUGGACAGGGCUGUGGUAGAUAGAUAUCUGGUGACGUCAUGGCGAAUUUGAGUUUGGAGGUUUUAUAAGGUAAUUGGCAAACUGGUUUAAAUUAAAUUGGUAUCCUUUUCUCUCAUAAUGUAAUCAUCUUUAGACCUUGGAGGACAUCCAGUUCUGGUGUGGGGCAUGCAUUAUGGGAUACUUGUUUUGGAGAAAGAAAAUCCAACUUCAGUCAAUUGAGGCGGUAAUUCAGAGGAGUAUUUUUGCCUCACCCUGUAGAACAUAGCCCCCUUUUCCGCAAAAUAACAACAAGGCUCUGAAUUAAUAGGUCUUCACUGUCAAACUCAAAGAUGCCAAACAGUGGCUUCUCAGCCAUUGUUAGGCAGGUCAACCAUUUUCUGGAGUCUUGGCAAUUUAAAGGGGUACGCCGUUCGUAAAUACGGGAAGUCCAGGAAAAUAGAAAUGCAGUAGUACACAAUGCCAUAGUGCAGUUAUUAUGGAUACGAAUUUUCUGAAAUGUGGCAUUUAUAGUAAUUUGUAUAUCUGUCUACACUGAGGCAGUGCUGAAUUUUAUCUAUUGUAUGUAUUCAUGCAAUUGGAAAUUUUCGAAUUCAAUAACAUAUUUCAAAUAUUUUAACGAACGGUGUAGGCCUUUAAAUAUUGUAAAUUAUGGUUUAUCAGUUAUUUUACACUGCUGUGGAGGAGAUGUUUUGGUUGAAGUUUGUGAGAUCACUGUGCUCUAUUCUGGUUUAUUUAUUAAAGACAGUAGGUUCUUUUGUAUUUGUAAAUGUCACUGUAAAUGUUUGGUAUGUCAUUUUCAAUUGCAUAUCCAUGUGAAUGAAAUAUACAGAACAGUUCUAUA